UCGUCGCCCUUCCAGUCUCCACCGCCGAUUGGAACUUGGAAGGGGAUGGCCUCAGCAAUUCCAGCACCGGCAAGGAAGAAGGGCUCCGUCCUAGCUCCGACCACCAUCCAGUCUCUCAGCCACGACACCCUUUGCGUUCUCUUCUCCUGCCUCGACAUCUUGGACCUCGUCCGCUGUUCCGCCGUCUGCAAUUCAUGGUACCUCUCUUCGCUCCCCGACAAUACAAAGAGCUCAAUAAUCAAAAGGUCGAAGCUUUUGCAAUCGUUGUACCUGAAGCAGAUGAGGAGAAGCGGCAGGGACGUUUCGAGCCGAAGCAGCGAUUCCUUGGAGGAAUCGAUGAGUGCGUAUCUGGAAGAGCUAGCCUUGGAGCGCCAUAGGCGUGCGUUGGUUAAUGGUUCUGUUGUAAUUGACCAGUGGAAGGGUCAUUCAGCUGGGUAAUCGUUUUCCCUUUUAGUUCUCUCUCCCUCUCUCUUGUUUAUGUUUGCUCCUCCUGAUUUCCUCUUCUCUUCCCUUGUUUCAUGAGUUUCUGUUGCUGUGUAAUCUUAGGGUGAAUCAAUGCAGAAUGAAAAUGGGAAUGAUUCUUACGGGUGUAGGGGAUAAGGUUAUUCGUCUUUGGUCAUCAGAAAGCCUAAAGUGUGUCGAAGAAUAUCCAGUUCCUGAUGCUGUCCGUCUUCUUGACUUUGAUUUUGAUGAGACCAAGGUCGUUGGUUUAUUUGGUACUCAACUAAGUAUAUGGAGGCGCAAUGGUAAGAGAAGCAUAUUUCCCUCCAAGGAAGGCACGUUCAGCAAGGGCUCGUGCAUGAGGUACUUCGAUCCAGAUGCUGUGGUUGGCUGCGAGGACGGGACUGCCCGUGUGUUCGACAUGUACAGCAGGCAGUGUUCUCGGAUUAUCAAGAUGCAUCCUGAGGCUGUAUCUUGCUUGUCUUUGGGCGACGAUCAAUUGAUGAUCAGCGGUUCCAGUUUGGGAAGAAUUACAGUAUCAGGUCUGUCAUUGGAUGAGAAGAUAGCUACACUCAAACCAACUGAUUCCACUGGUAUUGCUGUUUUCAUCUCUCCUUUUUUCACCCUGCCUCUCUCUUGAUUGUGCUGGAGCCUUAUUGACUGCUUUCUAACGGUUCUAUCUUCCCUAAUUCUUGCCGUGAAAGGCAUAUCUAGUUUAUGUUUCAACCCAGAAUCUUCUCUAGUAUUCUGUGGAACUACUGCUGGAUAUGCGUCAUGUUGGGAUCUUAGGAAGAUGAGACAGUUAUGGAAAAGACGUGUGAGUCCAAAUGUGGUAUAUUCUAUGCACCACCUGCGCAACGACAGUUCAGUUCUGGUGGUUGGGGGAAUAGAUGGGAUUCUACGUGUUCUUGAUCAGGACUCUGGAGAAGUUGUUUCGAGGUAUGUGAUGGACAAUGCCGCUGUCCCUAGUAGUUUCGAAUAUGCGCAUGGAGUAGGCGAGAGGAGGCCUGGUAAACGUAUACCUAAAGAUACCCAGAUCGAUGGAGUAUCAAGAAAUGCUCGACCCCCCAUUACAUGCUUGGCUGUCGGGAGGGAGAAGGUUGUUACGACUCAUAAUAGUAGGCACAUUAGGCUUUGGACGUUCAAGUGUAGGAGAGACUAGUCCUAGUUUGUAUAGCUCAAAGGUACUGCUGCCCUCCUCUACCUUUGCAAGGAGUUAUUGUUGUCUAGUGUUGUAUUGUAUCAUAUCAUUGAACAAGAUAUAUGCCCGAGCCGUGCUCGGCCACUGUGGAGUACGCACUCGUAUUAUGCGGGAACUGAAGUUGUACAUUCUAUUGACAAUCUGAAUUGCUAUUUAUAUUAGUGCUAAGAAUGGAAGUUGUUUUCCAAACUUAAUGCAUCCUCUUGUAUAAAUAUCCCUUUUCAUGGUUCCUACAAUUGUAAA